AGAGGACUGGCCAACAUGCACAACUUCCGCAGCCUCCUGGCCCUUCUGCUGCUGCCGCUGCUACUGCUGGGGGCUGCCAUGGGCCCUGCCGGAGCCCUCAGUGACGAUGAAAAACACGUGAUGGUGGAGCUGCACAAUCUCUACCGAGCCCAGGUGUCCCCGCCGGCUGCCAACAUGCUGCAAAUGAGGUGGGACGAGGAGCUGGCCGCCUUCGCCAAGGCCUAUGCGCAGCAGUGCGUGUGGGGCCACAACAAGGAGCGCGGGCGUCGCGGCGAGAACCUGUUCGCCAUCACGGACGAGGGCCUGGACGUGCCUCUGGCCAUGGAGGAGUGGCACCACGAGCGCGAGCACUACAACCUCAGCGCCGCCACCUGCGCCACAGGACAGAUGUGCGGCCACUACACGCAGGUGGUCUGGGCCAAGACAGAGAGGAUUGGCUGUGGUGCCCACUUCUGUGAGAAGCUCCAGGGCGUUGAGGAGACCAAUAUCCACUUGCUGGUUUGCAACUAUGAGCCCCCGGGGAACGUGAAGGGGCAAAGGCCCUACCAGGAGGGAACUCCGUGCUCCCAAUGUCCCUUGGGCUACCACUGCGAAAACUCCCUGUGUGAACCCAUCAGAGGCCCCGAAGAGGCUCAGGAUUUGCCUUACCUAGUAACUGAGGCCCCAUCUUCCCUGGCAACAGAAGCCUCAGGCUCUAGGAAAGAGGGUAUCACUUCUUCCUUAGCAACGGAAACUCCAUCCUUGGUAACAGAGGUCUCAGGCUCCCUGGCAACAAACGCUCUACCUGCUGUAGAAACCAAGGCCCCAUCUUCCUUAGUAACGGAAGACUCCCCUUCCAUGGCAACAGAGGCUCCACCUUCCUUAGCAACUGAGGUCCCUUCCUUAUUGGCAACUCACAGGCUACUCUACUUGGAUGAGAGACCGGCUACCCUCCCCAAAUCAACCCAUGAUCCUACCCCCAAAUCAGCAGACAAAGAGGCCAGCAGUACAAGAAUGCCCUCCAGGAGCCCAGAGAGUUCUCUGCAGCCCAAGAUGUCCUUGACGGGGACAUGGGAGCCACUACCCCACUCCCAGGAGGAGGGCGAGGCUGAGGCCGAGUCGCCUCAUUCCAUUGAGAUCUUGGCCUCAGUUUUUCCAGCGCAGGACAAGCCAGGUGAGCCGCAGGCCGCACUGGAGCACAAGGGACACACCUCCUCCAAGUCCCUGUCCAACUCCCCCAGUGCCUCUGCCACCGCUAAUGCCAUGGGUGGGCGUAUCCUGGCCCUGCAGUCCUCCUUGCCAGGUGCAGAGGGCCCUGAAAAGCAUGGCAUCAAGUCAGGGUUGAACUCGAGCCCUGGGCACGGCGGGGGCCUCCUCCUGGGACUGCUCCUACUGCCUCCCCUGGUGCUGGCUGGAAUCUUCUGA